ACUGGCUUGCUGCCGCUCCCUCAGUGCUCUUUCAUACCCAGGCCCUGGCCUCUGUCUCUUCACUGUUCCUCACCCUCAUGCCUCACACAGUGUGUGUGUCUCAGUUGGGAGCUCUUUGAGGACGUUUUCCUGUGACACUCACUGCCUUCACUCCAGAUCUUGAAGCAGUCAGAGCUGCCAUGCAGAGGCUGAGGACGUAACCCUGUAGGUAGUGUACUUGAUCAACAUGCAUAGGCCCAGGUUAUCUACACCACAGCAGAAAAUAGGGUCUAGUGGUGCAUGCCUAUAGUCCUGUGCUCAGGAGGGGUGGACACAGGGUGACUGGAAGUUCAAAAUCAGUAUGAGCUACAAUAAGGUGUUUGAGGCCGGUUUGGGCUACACUCAAGAAAAAAGGGUCCUGACAAGAUGGCUUAGUAGGUAAGGCUCUUGCUGCCAAGCUUGCAAACCUGAGUUGGAUCCCAUUGACCCACAUUGAAGGAGAGAACGACUUCCACAUGUUAUUCUCUGAUAUACAUCCACAUGUAUGCCAUGGAUGUGCACAAAGUAUGUUCCACCACAUGCAAUAAAUAGAUAUUUUAAAAAGGUGUUUUUAAAUGGUCUGGCACGAUCGCUUAGUGGUAAAGCAGCUAUAACCCAGCCUGAUUACCUGAAAUCAAUCCCCAGGAGAGAACUGGUUCCCAAAGGUUAUUGUCUGACCUCCACUCAUGUGCCAUGUCAAGUGUGUGCACCCCUCCCCCAAAUAGAUAAUAAAUGUAAGAAAACAAAGUAGCUAGGCACAGUUCUAGCAGUUCUGCUGCCAUCGUUUCUUAUUGCUCAGUUCUUACUUAUGCUUGACUGUAUUUUAUACAGUGAUACCACCAAUGCUGUAGAUGCAACAGAAAGACAGCAAGUUACAAGUUAUCCCACACGGGUCAGGAUGGGGACAUAAAUGUUCAGAGUAUGAUGCUGACACAUUAGCUUCCGAGUUAGCUUUGUAAGUGAAUGGUUGGUCAACGAAGGGAAGCAUUGCUUUGUCAUCAGAGUUGUUUUUAAAUUCUUACUACAUUAGGAUUUUUGUGUGUUCGUGUGUGUGUGUGUGUGUGUGUAUGUGUGUACUGUGUGGAGGUCAGAGGACAAUUUGCUCGUGGGUUCUGUGUAUCUUCAGUGUUGGUAGUAAUUGCCUUUGACCACUCAGCCAUCUCUCCAGCCUUGCGAGCAGAGCUUAAUUUGUAAAAGAAAUGUACAUGUAAUUCAUGGAUGACAUGAAGUGAUAGGACGGAAUCCUGUGGGAGAUUAGUAAAGAAUUUCUUUUUUUUUUUUUUUUUAAAGAUUUAUUUAUUUAUAAGUACACUGUAGCUGUCUUCAGACAACACCAGAAGAGGGCAUCAGAUCUCUUUACAGAUGGUUGUGAGCCACCAUGUGGUUGCUGGGAAUUGAACUCAUGACCUCAGAAGAGCAGUCGGAUGCUCUUAACCACUGAGCCAUCUCUCCAGCCCGAAGAAUUAGGUCUUAAAAGUGUUUAUUCUGUACAUAUAUGUAUGGGCAUGUAUGAGUGCCAGGGUAUGUUUAAAAGUUAAGACAACCUAUGGGAGUCAAUUCUUGCCUUCCACUAUGUGGGUAAUGAGAAUUGAAGUCAGGACAUCAGGCUUGGCAGCAAACGGCUUUACUCACUGGGCCAACUUGCUGGUCCCUAGACUAAUCAUAUUCUGUGAUUGAUGUUUGAAGUAUGUUUUAUUAUAUUCUAUUAACUAUUCAGAAAAUAGUGGAAUUCCAUCUAGGCCAGGAUUCUUUCUUUCUUCUUCCUUCCUUUCUUUCUUCUGUUUUUGUUUUUUUUGAGACAGUCUACUGUGUAGCUCUGGCUGCCCUGAAAGUCACUAUGUAGACCAGGCUGGCCUUGAACUCAGAGAUCCACCAUCUGCUUCUGUCUUCAGAGUGCUGGGAUUAAAGUCAUAUGCCAUCAUGCCUGGUGGACCAGGAUUUCUUAAAAGUGGCAAUAUAAACUUUUGGGAGAGAUGAUAACUAAUCUUGGUUGUCAAUUUGAUGUUCUUGGAAAAGGGAAACGACAGUUGAAGAACUGCCUCCAUCAGAUUAGCCUGUGGGUGUGUCCAUGAGCCUUUCAUGAUUGCUCAUUGAUGCAGAGGGCUCAGCCCACUAUGGGCAGUACCAUUCCUAGGCAAAUGGGCCUAAGCUGCAUUAGGUGGCCGAACAAGCCAGAGAAAGCAAGUCGUGUCGGUAAGCAGCAUUCUGGAGUUUCUGCUUUAGGCUCCUGAAAUGAGCUCCUACCUUGGCUUCCCUCAAAGACGGAAACCUGUAAGUUAAAAUAAACCUUUGCUUUCUCAGGUUGCUCUUGGUCGUGGUUUAUCAAAGCAACAGAAGGCAACUGGGACAGAAGUUCUGUCUUUGUUGUGGGAAGCUUUUCCUGUAGAUUGUAAGAAGGUUAUUAGCAGCAUAGCUGGUCUCCAUCUGAGAAAUGCCAGUAUACACCCCACAUAACAACUAGAAAUAUGGAGACAUUUUCAAAGGACCACAUGGUAGGCAAAAAGUAUCCCUAUUUGAGAGACCACACAUUUAGAUUAUGUAUCUCCAGGAACUGUCAAAGAAAGUACGAGAGCUUUUGAAAAGUAGGAGAUUGACUUUUCUUUAUAUUUUUAUUUAGUUAAAGUAUGAAUUGUACACAUAGGGACUGAAGAAAAUUCUAAAAGUACAGUUCUGUCCGUUUAAAGUAUGAGGAUAUGGGAUGCAGGUAUUAAGAUUCGGCAAAUUGGUUGACUUGAAAAAAUUAAAGACUAAAACUGAAAUAGCAACCUAAGACAUUAAGCAUGGCUCACCCCUAAUGUUACUAAGCUGACCCCAACUUGGAGCUUUAAGAUUAAGUUCUACUUUAUUGCAUCUUGUAUGUGGUAGAGUGUGAGUGGAGUUUCUUUUUAAAUCUUUUAAAAUUAUACUUAUUCAUUUUAUUUUGUGUGUUUUGUCUGUGCGCAUGUCAGUAUAUCACAUGUAUGCUUGGUGCUUUUGGAGGUUAGAAGAGGGCAUUAGAUGACCUGAAAUGGGACUUGUGGAUGGUUUUUAAACACCCUGUGCAUGCUAGGAAUCAAACCCAGCUCCUCUGCAGAGAACAAAGUGCUCUUAACCUCUGAGCCAUCUUCCUCACCUUUGGAAAUUGCUUUUGAAAGAUGUAUUUUUAUUAUUUAUUUUGGUUUUUGGAAACGAGAUCUUGCUACAUAGCAUCAUGACCAAUGUUCAUGUGUAGCAUGAGCUUAUUCCAAUAUUCUUUACCUCAGGAACUCCUUUAGCUUCCGUGAAUAUGUGACUUAAUGAUGCAACACGAAUAGCUGCUUGCUUAUCUUUUAACAUCCUGAGGGCACCUGGUACCAUCUUCUAAGAACAGUGGCCCAAUUUCAGCCUUAGUUGACAGAAACUGCCGGACUCUUCCAAAGUAUCUGUGCGACUUCACAUUCCCACAAGGAGUAAGUGAGCGCUCCCGCCGCUUUACGUCCUUUGCAGCAUUUGGUGGUGCUCCAUUCUGCAUUGUGGCCGUUCAUUGUGGUGAUUUAUGUGUGUAUUCUUUUGAUUGUUAUUCAUUCGUUUGUUUUAGAAUGGGCAGAAAAUAGAAUAUUUCCUCUGAUUAUGUUGUUGGAUAGAAAUCCCAUUCUGAAUAACUGGCCUGCUGUUUAUGCUUGAAUUUCUCAUAAUUACAGUUGAAACUAUUUAACUGGAAAGGAGAAAUUUGGGUGUUACGUUUGCUGAUAGGUUAGAAUGAUGCAUCUGAGACCCAGACCUCAAGGCCUUCUCUCCAGCUGUAGGCUGCCUUCUAAAUAAAGCUAAAGCCAGAUUUGAGAAUAGAGCACCACUGUGCUUGAAGGGGUGGGAAUCUGGGCAAAAGAGAAAUAUUUUCAAAUCUUAAUUUUUUUUUUUUUUUGAGGCAAGGUUCCUGCAUGUAGCCCUGGCUGUCCUGGAACUCACUCUGUAGACCAGACAGUCACUGCAGGCCAGCGUUCAAUCCUGAGAGCUCCUAAAACUACCAAGUUUAAUAUUUCAGGACAGACUUCUUGUUAAAGAAUGAAUCUCUGUCUCCUGAUCACUAAGCCUCGGGCUAAACAAAGGAUAUUUACCAUUUACCACAUACCAGACAGUCUCAGAUCGUUUCAGAUAGUGUUAUCUUAAUUUGUAUAAUUUCCCUUUGAAAUAUCUUGUCACUCUGAUUACUCAAACAUCCUAGCAGGCUUUUCCCUCCACAGUCCUAGUCUUUAUCUUUGCUGGCCUUCCAAGACAGUCUUAUUCCUUUAUUUAAUUUUAUCUUAGCUUUGCCUGAUAAAUCCCUACUUACCUUUCAGAGCUAACCUCAGAUGUUACUACUCUAAGGAAGUCUUCUCGGCCCACAGGCUUUAUGCUUCUCCUAAUCUGCUGGACCUCCAGAGCACAAGAAGCUGUGUAAUUUGUCAGUAGCCGUCAUUUCUGCUGAAGUGUACGCUUCCCAAGGAACCAUGCGCGUGUCAUUUUCUGUGUCGUCUAUAGUGCCAACUCUAGUCUUCUACACACAAGUGCUCAGUAAAUAAUCCUUGUCUAAUUGCGCCAAAGGAUUGCCCAAGUCAGAAGUUGAACGCUGGUCUCUCACCUCCCUUUAGAUUAUAUCAGAUACAGAACCUAACAGGAAGUAUUUCUUAAUUAAAUUACUCGAGAGAAUCUACCUCAAUUCUCUCUCAGCUAUAUAGAUUGUUUAUCUAUAAGAGCUAUUCUCUACUCUUACAGCCUAGCCAGGGUAUGGCUGUGAGAUAAGAAACUGAAGUCUUUGUCUUGAGAGAAGUCACACCCUUUUGAGCAAUAAGCUUUGGAAAGCUAGGUUCUAGGACAUAUCCAAUUAGGAAGCUAUAAGAGGUAGGCCGGCACAACUGGUUUGCCAGGUCCUCUAACUUCCUGAUGAGCUGAAAACCACUUGCUUUGUGCAGAGUGUCUAAAAUGUCUAAAAUGAAAAACCCUCGGACUUUUGAGGAGCAAACAGAAUGCAUCAUGAAUACUCUACUCACAGACUUCUUGACCCCAACAUUCCAGGCUGCUAACAGGAACCUUCCUGAUGCAGACGAACCAUGUUCAGGUAAGGCUCCUAGUCAGAGGCAGUGAUUACAGGUGGGUAAUAGAAUCAGAAUCUGCUUCCUCUAUUUCCUUUCAAGUUUUAAAAGGCAAAUCCGACAUUUUUAGCAACUUUUGAAAAAAAUAUCUUUUCAAUAGGAGAGAUUGUCUGACUGUUACUACUGAGAAUAAACAAUGCCAAAACUGUUUAAAAGAAUUGAGAACGCAGCAGGAACUAGCCUGGUCUACAGAGUGAGUUCUAGGACAGCCAGGGGUACCUGGAAACCCUCUCUCAAACAAACAAACAAAACAAAAGCAAGAGACCAUCUCUCUUUUGCCCAGAUUCAGGAGACUUUCCGUCCCUUCAGGCGUGGUGAAAAUGUUUUCCCUAUCUUAGGAGAGGAUUACUCUUUUGAUGUGGCUAUCGUUGCUGGCCGACUUCGAAUGCUGGGUGACAAGUUCAACGGAGAGCUGGAAGCUUCUGUCAAUAAUAUCAUUGCAGAAACCAUUCGAGGACAGGCAGGAACUGUACUCAAGGACACAGUGCAGUCUCUCAGCAAAACCUGGUGUACUCAGAACCCUACCUUAGCUUUUGAAACAGCCUUUUUGGCAGUGUCAGUCAAACUUCUUGAAUAUGUGGCCCGUAAGGCUCCUGAAAUGGCAUCCCAGGUGGCUGCCUGCAUGACAGGCAUGAUCAACGGGGACACAACCAUUCGCCAGUUUAUCCAGGACCUGGGAGGAUGGGGAAACCUGGAGGGCUGAAGAAGAGGGUUCUCCCCGGACUGAGCAUACUUCUUCUGGCAGAUCGGGUGGCUGUUUUCUGACAAUUAAAACAUGCUGUUUUCAAGUC